AUAUUACAAAAAGAGUUGCUGUUUUAUAUUCCUUUUUCCUGUGCAGAUCAUGACUAGAAACUUCCCUGCACAUGAAAGCAGCUCUGCAACAAAGCUUAUUACACUACAAAGCCAGGCACAUUCCUAACGACUGCAGCACUUUGUGAAUUGUGACAGUUUCUCUGUAAGCAAGAGGCACAACACAGGAGGCAGACAGGAGCUAUAACACAGGGAAGGGGGGAAGAUCCUGCAUAGUCUGUGCAGGCAGAAAAGGUGCAGGGUGCAUGUUUCCUACACAGUGUGCUGGGUUAAUACAGCAUCUGUGAGCACCCGGGAAGAGAAAGGAGACGCACGCCUUGCUUCCUCCACCAGGUUAUGACGUAUAGCAGCAGGCAUAGGCUCCAGUCCUGCUGCUGUGGGGAAUGAUUUUAAAUAUAGCUUCUGUGAUAGGAAAACAGAACAGAAGCGCAGGCUAUAAAUAAACAUAAAAGGUUUUUUACAGCUCCUUUAAAGAAGUGUCUCUUAUCUAUUGCUCAUACGACAUUGCACAAUAACAUUUCAACGUUUCCAGAAUGCAGGCAGCGGAGAGAGAUGCAUCGUCUCUGGGGAGUUCCAGCUGGUCGGAGAGUAGCCCAACAAUGACAGAAUCGCACUCGGAGUCUCCGCAAAGCACCGCCAAGUCACAGGCAUUUGACCUCUUCAACCUGGUGGUCUCGUAUAAGAGAAUAGAAAUAUAUUUGGAGCCUAUUAAAGAUUCAUGGGAAGGUAUCAAAUAUCUGCUAAGGUGGCAGAUGCCCCUUUGCUCAGUUUUUAUCUGCAUCACGCUAAAUAUUUUUCUGCUAACCCUAAAUGAAGUGGCUUGGUUCUCAGUGGGUGCCCUGUUAAUCUCAAUACCGGCUCUAAUUGGAUACCUCCAGGAGAUGUCCAAAAUCCACAUUCCUGAGCCUGAACUCGCCCGAAGAAAAUAUUACAGCGUAAGGCGGGAAGAGCUACAGAAAGUUAAGCUUUCUCGCCAAGAAGCGGUGGCAGAGUUUAAAAGUUUCUUAAUUCACUUGGAGAGUAUACUGAAUUUGAUAUGUGGCAGUUGCGAACGAGUCUAUCAAGUCAUGUACUGGCAGAAUCCUGCUGCCUCAUUUCAGUUCUAUGGAUUGCUGCUAGGUGCAGUAUGCAUUCUUUAUCUCCUGCCCUUGUACUGGGUUUUGGCCAUUGUGAAUAGCACCUUAUUUUUAAAGAAUUCUGACUUCUACAGAGUUGUUGCUGAGUGCAAAGCAUCCUUGAAGCAGAAAGGCAGCACUGAGAGCAUAUCUAUAGGACCAGCCGCACCUUGUCAAGAGGUAGAAAAUGGUUCAAUUUUGGAUCGUACUCCUACUCCAGUACCAACCAGUUCUGAGUUCUCCUCCUGCUUGGACAGCUCAGAGUUCACAAGCCAUAAACUGAGCUUCAUUUGCACUGCAUCCCAUGAUCCCAGCCUUGUCAUGGAUCUUUCUCCUGGGAGUGUGGAAGAGGCAGAAGAGGCUGAACCAGAUGAUGAAUUUAAAGAUGCAAUUGAGGAACAACAGCUAAUGACAAUGGACGAGGAUGAUGUGUCCCAGUGCAGUGCUGAAUAUGAUAACCUCCAAGACAACGGUUUUCUCAGCAAGAAUGAAGUCAUCAAAAGCAAAGUGUCCAAACUGACCGAAAAGCUGCGUAAACGAUAUCCCACCAACAACUUGGGUACGUGCACUGGCUGCAAUGCAACAUUUUCAGUACUAACACGAAAAAGGCGCAGUUGUACUAACUGUGGAAAUAUAUUGUGCUCAAGAUGCUGCUCAUACAAAGUACCCAAAUCAGUUAUGGGAGCAACAGCUCCAGAUGCGCAGAGAGAAACAGUGUUUGUUUGUGGAAUUUGCAACCAGGCAUUAAGCAAAUAGGAACUGAAUUAUCCCCAUGGACACAGCUGAACUAUCUUCUCAAUCCUCGGUUAUGUGUAGAGCCAUAUAUAGAGUAUAAUAUCUCUGGCUGAAUGUAGUAUUUACACAAUUCUGUUCCUGUGUACAUAUACAUCUAUAGCAUUCCUGUCUCAAAUGCACUCACAUAGAUGCCUAAUGCUAGUUGUGCUAGUUGGAUCAGCAGCUUUGGGUUCUUGGGUUCUUGUUUUCAGCAAAAUAUAUAAAAUAUUUAGGCUUUGCAAGGUUCCUUGAUAACUGCAAAAACAUGACACCUCCUUCAGCAACAGGGAGCCUAACCAAACAAUGAAUGUGGUUAUAAUUUUGGGCUCAUGAAGCUAUGAAGGGAGAUUCACCUUUGUAUAAAUGUUGUGCCUAAGGAAAAUAGAGGGGGAGCAUUACGCAAACAAGUCUACAUUGAUAUUGCUGGGUUAGGACGGUUAUGAUUGUGGGAGAUUUAGUCGCCCGGCAACUAAUCGCCUCACCUUCGGGCGACUAAUCUCCCCGAAAAGCCUUCCCUCCAGCUAGAAACUAAAUUGCGGCAGGAUGGCACUCAGAUCCAUUUGUUUUCCAAAGUUUCCGCGUCAGGCGACUAAAUCUCCCCUAAUCUUCCCAUGUGUAUCUGCCCUAAAAACAGGUGAUAUAAAAACACCAGUACAAGCACUGAAUGCUCUGCUAUCAUUAUUCUAAACUGCAAGUACAUAAUUGGGACCAGUAGAGAUACCAUAGUAUUUACCUUGCACACAAUAUGCACUUCACUCGUCAUUCCAAUGGAGUAAACACCAUUGGUUUAAAAAUAAUGCUUUUUGCUGUCUUGUCUUCCAUUGUUUUUAGGUUUUUUUUGCUAAAAAAAUAUCAGUCUGCCUAGCAUUUAUGUUUUUGGUCAUUUAAAUGUUCUUUCUUUUGAGUUAUUGUUUUGAGUGUCAGAGGCAAGUCACCGAAAUGAAUGGGGCUGUGUGCAAUGAUUGCCUUUGAUUUGGGUGGAUUUAUAAAAUGUCUGUGUUUUACUCUGCUCACCACAUUCCUUUCCAGCUUAUGUGCCAGCGGGAAGGGAGGGCUACAAAGUCCAAGUUUGGCAUUGUUAUGUAUGCACAGGUUCUAUUCAUACUUGAGGUGGGCACAAUGUACUACAAGUAAUCAGCAACACUGGAAUUUAUGUUGUACUGCAUCUUGUUUUGUGACAUUACUGAGUUUUCUUUACUCUGUAGAAUCUUUAUAAAUUGAAUGUUAAAUAAUUUUUACAAGAUAGAGUAUAAGUAAAUACAAAUCCAUUAUUAACCAUACCUGUUUAGCCAGCUGUUGAAAAGUUGGGUUGGGGCACAGAUUUCUGCUUGCCAUUCAAUGAAGAUUAUACUUAGACAAAGUAUGGCCGUAGAAAAUAGAUGCUUUAUUAAGCAUUUGGUAGAAUUUAUUUAAAAAACCUUUUUUUUUAAUUCAAGUUAAUUUAGGGGGAAACUUUUUUUGUUCCUUGUUAACCAACUGUUUGGUGUCCCCUGCUAUAACAGCCUAAUGCACUGCAAGCUUGAUCCAUGUGUAUAAUAAAUAAUGAGGUUUCAUAAA